AUGGCCAUCACGGAAAGGACCUUGGUGGCCACCAGAGCCAAUGAUGGGGACAAGGGUCACGGUGGCCUCGGUGACAUCGUGGAGCAGCCCCCGGUGUCGUGUCCGUCCAUGGAAUCAGCACCAGGGAGCUGCUCUCGGGGUGUCACAACCACCAGCUGCCACCAUUGGUGGCACCUGCCAGGGGUGGCAGCCGAGGGGACUUGGUGGCCUUGGUGGCUCCGUCUUGGCACCCUCAAUGUCACUUGGAGGAACCGGGCUUCAACGGCCGUGGUGGCCGUCACCGAUGUCACAGUUGCUUCCGGAGUGUUUGUGGCCGCGGUUGUCCCCGGUGUCACCUCCGCUGGCCCGUGUGGGUGCCGGGACAUGAUCGACUGUCCCAUCUGCAAACAUCAGUGUUACUUGAAGGACAUCGUGGAAAACUAUUUCUUAAGGGACAACGGGACCGAUGACAACCGCAGUUCGAGCCAGGCCCUGCACUGCGCCCUGCACAAGCAGGAGCCCCUCGUGCUCUUCUGUGACACGUGUGACACCCUCACGUGCCGCGACUGCCAGCUCAGCGCCCACAAGGACCACCAGUACCAGUUCCUGGAGGACGCGGUGAGGACCCAGCGCAAGGUGUUGGCGUCGCUGGUGAAGCGCCUGGGUGACAAACACGCCAGCCUACAGCGUUCCACCAAGGAAGUGCGCAGCUCCAUCCGCCAGGUGACGGACGUGCAGAAGCGGGUACAGGUGGACAUCAAGAUGGCCAUCCUGCAGAUCAUGAAGGAGCUCAACAAGCGCGGCAAGGUGUUGGUGAGCGACGCCCAGAAGGUGACGGAGGGGCAGCAGGAGAAGCUGGAGCGGCAGCACUGGGCCAUGACCAAGCUGCAGCGGCACCAGGAGCACGUGCUCCGCUUCGCCUCCUGGGCCCUCGAGAGCGACAACAGCACCGCGCUGCUGCUCUCCAAGAAGCUGGAGGAGGAGCAGGAGGCUCCCAUCGGAGACGCCCAGGACACCAACCCGCCGGGCCCGGUGGCCGAGCACCCCGGGGUGCCGCCUGUUGCCGCGCCGGGGUCCUUGGCGGCCGCCUGUUGCCGCGUGUGUCGCCGCGCCGGCGCCGUGGUCAUGUGCUACCGCUGCGAGCACUGCUACCACCUCGACUGUCACCUCCCCGCCCUGCAGGAGGUCCCCAGCCCCGAGUGGAGGUGUCUGCUGUGCCAGGACCCCCCGCACGAGGACGUCACCACCGGCUUCCCCUGUCCCGAGGAGGGGACACCCCGCAAGCUCUCGGCCCCGGACCAACAGAAAUGCCAACGCGUCUUGCUGGAGCUGCUGUGCCACGAGCCCUGCCGGCCCCUGCACCGGCUUUCCAGCUCUCCGGGCCGGGCCGACGCCGUCGACCUCACCCUGAUCCGGGCCAAGCUCCUGGAGAAGCUGUCGCCUCCCUACGGCUGCGCCGAGGAGUUCGCCCGCGACGUGUGGAGGAUGAUCCGCCAGUUCAACACGCUCACCGAGGACAAGGCGGACGUGCAGUCCAUCCUGGGCCUGCAGCGCUUCUUCGAGGCCCGGCUCAACGCCGCCUUCGGCGACCGCAAGUUCUCGGCCCUGCUCGGCCCCGUCGUCCCGCUGGACGAGGCCGAAGGCUCCCGGGCCUCUCCCGCCGGCCCCCUGGGCCCGUGACCG